AUGAAAUACCAACAAUUUAUUGUUAUUACAGGAGGUGUUGGAGUAGGAAAGUCUACACUUAUCCAUAACUUAAAGAGAAGUCUUCCUAAAAAAGAAAGAAUUUUUAUUAAAGAAUAUAUUGAUUUUAAACCAAGUACAGGAAAGAAAAUGCUUGAAGAAACAUUAAAAGGAAAAGGGUCUAUGUAUGAACUUCAAUUAUUUAUUAUUGACUGUUUCAAAGAACAAUUAGAAAAAGCUAAACAAAUGAAAUAUGUUAUUAUGGAAAGAAGUCCAAUUGAUUCAAUAUUUAUAUUUUCUAAUGAAGCAUAUUUCCAAGGAAGAAUGACAACAGAAGAAUAUAAUGAUCUUAAAGUUAGAGUUGAUGAUCUUUAUACUACAUAUGGUAUUCCAAGGUUUAAUGAAAUGAUUAUUAAUAGAAUAGAUAGUUGCAAAUAUAGCAUUAACGGUAUAUUUGAAUAUGUUAAAUAUCAAAGUCAAGAAUAUUGGAAACAAUCAAAAAGUGCAUUGUUUCUUUUAUAUUGUAGUGAUCCAUUAAAACAAAAAGAAAAUAUUGAAAAAAGAGGAAGACCAGAAGAAAAGGAUUAUGACAUUAAUUAUAUGAUUAGAAUAAAUAAUGAGUAUAGUAAAUUAUUUGCUGAAUACAUUUAA